AUGUCGGGUCGAGGCAAGGGCGGCAAGGGUUUGGGAAAGGGCGGGGCCAAGCGCCACCGCAAGGUGCUAAGAGACAAUAUCCAAGGCAUCACUAAGCCGGCGAUUCGGCGGUUGGCUCGUCGUGGCGGCGUUAAGCGUAUCAGCGGCCUCAUUUACGAGGAGACUCGUGGCGUCCUUAAGAUCUUCUUGGAAAAUGUAAUCCGUGAUGCCGUCACAUACACAGAGCAUGCUCGCCGGAAAACGGUCACUGCCAUGGAUGUUGUUUAUGCUCUCAAGAGACAAGGCCGCACGCUCUAUGGUUUUGGAGGCUGA